AUGACGUCGGAGCUCGAAACCCUGGUACGUGGUAGCGGAGACUACAGCGUCCUUCGGAGCAAGUUCUUUACUGCCCGCGUUCCGGACGUAUACCCUGCGCAAAUUGUUCUACCCAAGACGACCGCCGAAGUCGUAAUUGCUAUCAACAGGGCGAAAGCCAAUGGGUGGAAAGUCGGGGUUCGAUCUGGAGGGCAUUUAUUCUUCUGCAACUCUCUCCUAGAAGACGGCCUGCUCAUUAACACGAGCAAUCUGAACAAGGGACUGGGAUUCGACUAUGCCACGAAGGUCGCCACUGUGAGCCCUGGCCACAAAGUGGAAGACGUCACCAAGUUUCUGCAACCGAUUGGUAGAUUCUUUCCAGCUGGUCAUUCGCGCUCUGUGGCACUUGGUGGCUUCCUGCUUGCUGGUGGUCAAGGAUGUUUCCUGCGCGGAUGGGGCUACACCUCGGAUCAGUGGAUUCAGCAGCUUGAAAUCGUCACUUCUGAGGGACAAAUCGUCAUUGCGAACAAGAAAGAGAACUCUGAUUUGUUCGGGGCCGCUCCUGGAAGCGGACAAGGCUACUUCGCGGUCGUGACCCGAAUUUGGAUCAAGACUAUACCACACAGAAAGCUGUACGACUUCACCACGAUAGUUGAUUCAACUGACAUCUUCCGCCCGUUGAUGAAAUGGGUACUAGAAACUAUAAGAAAAGUCCCCAAGUAUGGCGUGGACCUGUUCUACUGCACGUUCUAUGCCGACAAGGAUGAUCCAAAAGGUGGUCACGAGUCCGCUGCGAAAAGGGUGUUCUUUGUGAUCAACCAGACAAUGUUCGUCGACUCCUUCGCAGAAGCUGAAGUCUUGGCGAGUCCUUGGAACAAGUUUCCCGACCAAUUGAAACAACACAUUGUCACCACUGUUCCGCUUGCGGAGAGGACAUGGGAAGAACUUUGGGACCUACAAGAGAGCUUCCAACCCCAUGGCAAUGGCGAGAGAUGGACUGUCGAUAGCAUCCUGGUGGACCCAAAGGUCUCCGAUGAUGAGCUGAUCGAUGCCAUCACUCCGGCACUGCACGAUCUACCGUCCCGCCUGUCUUCCGGCACCUACUGCCCCAUCGACUACUAUCCAAGUGGAGAAGACCAAGCUCUAAGUCUACCACAAAGAACUUAUGUCUCCACCAUGUACUGUUGGAAGGAUCCCGCCUUCGAUACGAGUGUGGAUCAGCAAUUGCUACGCGCAUACACUCAGGCCGACAAAGUCUCUUGCGGGGUUUACGUAGCAGAUUUCAAUGUCAAAAGCAGAAAGCCCAAGGUAAUGACCGACACGAACCUGAAGAAGUGGCUGCAGAUCAGGGAGAAGUGGGAUCCAACGGAAAUGUUUGUUGGACAUCGAGGUUUCGCUCAGACCUUGAAGUUGUAA